AUGCAAGAUAUGUAUAUCUACUCAUCAGGGUUGGGCAAAUUUUAUUCACAAAUAGCGAAUAAGAAUUUUAGAUUAACUUGUAAACUGAUAUUUUUCAACGGUUUCAUUUGCCUGGAUGCAGGUUUAAAAAAAUCUGUUUAAAAUUUGCUCAACUCUGUUACCUACCUAUCUAUAAUAUAUAUAUCGCAAUUAAUCGAUCUGUACGUCGACUGUUUCGACUCGAAUAAUCUAACUAUCGGUUCAUUCGUUCGAUUCGUUCGUUAAUCCAUUCGUCUUCUACUUAUCAAAAUUAUGACACCGCGUGUCACAAUAUGUGACGUUAAAUUCUCUUAUGCUGAACGUGUAGAUAAAUUGUCCAGUCCGUUUGGUCCUUGGCCAACGAAGGUUUCGAUGUUUCGAAAAUGAAAACUCAAAGUGUUUCGGUUCAAAAUUUAGAAAAUGUCGUGAAGCAAAUGGUGCACGAGGCGCUGGAAGAUAACGGUUAGUCUAGCGAAUAAUAUUACACACUAUCGAUUCUUUAAAAUUAUAUGUUCGAAUGCAGAGCAAGUGAUCAAGUUUCAUCGAAUGAUUUACGAGGAAUGGUAUUUUAAAAAAUUAUCCAACUCAAAAGAUACGGAGAUUCGGAAUGAAACACAACCGCUCGAAGAUAACGAACAAGUUCGUUCGUAUUGUGUAGCUUCUACAAUGUAGGGUGCUUUAUAAGUCCUGGGAUUUUCAUCGAUUAUUUUCAGAGUAUAUCGGCAACGGUUGCACAUCGUAGAUCGCGACGAUACAAAUACAAACAUCAAGGGAGUCGAUCUUCAACAAAUAUUGACUCAACAAGAAACAAAAUCGUGACAGAUAAUUCUUUGAUAGAUAAAAAGUCUUUGAACAUCAUCAAGGAUGUUUCGAUCGACGAAAAGAUCGAUGUAGUUUCGAACAAUUCCGUCGAAGUAACAUCUCGAUUGUCUCUAUAUCGUUCGCGUUAAUAUUCGCGAAAUGUAUAGACCCAGGUAUUUUUUCCAGCAAUUGGAUGAAAUUGUCGACCAUGAAAAUGAUACAAGAGUUAUUGAAAUUUGGAAUAACUCGUUCAGCCGUCCUAACCAAUCAAGAAACAAGACUGACAACGCCUUCAAGGAAACCCGCGUACACUGCCCCGACAAUAGACCAUCGAGGGAGCAACGGAUCAAAAAACUAAUAUCCUUCGAAGCUUGGAAGGAAAAGAAGACCAUACAGUAUCGACAAACACUUAAAAAGCAACAAUACGAAAAGCAACAACAACUGCUUGCAAAUCUGGAAAACAUGGAGCGAAGAAAAAUCGCUCUGCAGGAACAAGCGCGUAAAAGGCAGCAACAAAAAUAUCAGCGAAAUCAAAAACAAUCAAAGAAAUAUCUCGACGCAAUUAAACGAACAAAUGUUACUGUCGAAUCUAAUAAUGAAUCUACUGUCAAACCUACCGCGUUGGAAGAACAGAAAGACACGAAAUUGAAUAACGAUAGAAAGACGAGCUUGAUAACGCGGUAACACAUUCUAAAUUAAUUUCACACGAUUUCCUACCGAAAAGGAAAAAAGACAAAAUCAUUUAAAACUUUCCAGAAGACUGAAUAAUAUAAUGAAUAAUCGAAAGGACAUGAUAUCGUCGAUGCAAUAUUUAGAAGGUGUUACAUUUGAUUCCUGGUUAAAUCAAUUGAACUGGGUUCUGCACCAAAAGUAUUUACGCGAACGACGCCAUCUUGUACGGUCGUUCUACUGCCA